AUGUCUCAACUCAAAUUCCGUAUACUGAUAGAUUUCCGCAUCUCAGUCGAAAAGCCUUCCGUGAAGCCUUUGACGAACGAAGAGUAUGGAGACAAGACCACAGCAUUGUUUGCUGAGAUUGAGGGUAAGAUCCGCGCCAUGGGGCUACCCACUUUGUCUAGGGAGGAUGAUACAAGCGAUCUGUGCAUUCCCACAGAUAGCUUUCUGAAGACAUUCACUCAUUGUUCUUCGAACAUAUUUGAACACUGGAUCAUACGCAAUCCAUGUCCCGAACAGUUGUAUGUGCCGAACUGCAAUAGUUUCUACAAAUUCUGUCUCUGGACACCGUGGCUCACGAACUCAGCAGAAUCAUUCAACAGUUUGCGCAAAGUUUUCCAGAUGUUAAACAAUGACUACGAUAUCUUAUUCUCGUUGGACUGGGAAUCGAAUGACUGUGUGAUGGAAGUCCACGUCGCCCAAGUGGGUGGAAACUUCGCUUUACAGGAGUUCAGAAAUAUGAUGGCGUUUCUGUGGUUUUUUGAAAAGAAAUUGGAUGGGUUGCACGAGGCACGAGAGGUUGACGAUGGUCGGACCGAUUGGACUCAUCGUCAGUCUCUGCGCAACAAUUGCGCGCUCUCUUGGUCGAGCCAGCUCAAACCUUUAACUUCAGAAGAGGAGCUGGAUAAGAUCUUUGCUUGCGAGUCAAUGAACGAAGUCGAUGAUUUGACGGAUCAUCCAGAUCCCAGAGGGAGUUUUGUUUACGGAAUUGACAAACGGUGGACUGACUUUGACGAGACUGGCUUCUCUGUUGAAGCAUUCAAAUUUGAGCAAGAACGCCCCACCCUAGAUGUUGACAGAAUCGAAAACUGGCUGAAAGUCUGUUUCGUUAUUGUCAAGUUUGCCUCAAAGGUUAAAACAACGGCUGACAUGCGGCGGUUUAUCAUAUCUCGCACGGAAGACAAUGCAUACACGUGUUUCCUUCUGUUGACAGAUAUUGGUUUGCAGGAGCAAGCUGCUUACUACCGAGCCGUGGCUGUUGACAGGGACAACAAACAGAGCAGAGUCGAGCUGGAUGCGUUGUCUACAGAAGUCGAUGCUUUCCUGCCUCUUUGUAACUCCGAAUGCACAAUAUGUUUCAGCCUCUGA